AGAGUCGCGUCUAUAGAGAGAGAGGCAUCCGAGGAGCGCAGUCCAGGCUGAUAACGGGUAGUUUUCGCAAAGUGAGGAGCCGAAGGCAACAGUACUGGGAGAAACGGACACGCCGUGCGGAUCGGCGCGACGUUUUUUCCGGGUCGUCGUUCGCUCUUCUUCGCUAGGACAGGGCAGAAGGCAAAGGCUCGAACGCUCUGCCAUGAAGUGACGGCCAACAAACCACUGCCUGGAGUCGACCAGUAGAUGCUGUGUCAUGCGGCGGGCGCGGCUGCUGUUGGCGGCGGCGGUGGCGGUCGCGGGGGCGUGGCUGGCGGCCGCGUGUCCUCCGGAGUGCAUCUGCCUCUCGCAGACACAGGUGCUGUGCAACACGGGCGGCCUGACGGAAAUCCCGGUGAAGGCGCUGCCGGAGACGGUGGAGCAGCUGUCUCUAUCCAAGAACCACUUCCCAGUGAUCCGCAGCGACGCCUUCUCCGGACUACGCUCGCUGCGCAAGCUGUCUCUCGAUGGCAACAACAUCUCCGUCAUCAAGCCGUUCGCCUUCCGCGGCCUGCCGCGCCUGCGUGAGCUCUCCAUCCAGCACACGCCUCUGACGACGGUGGCGCAGUUCGCGUUCGCGGGCCUGCAGAACCUGACGGCCAUCCUGCUGGCGCACAACCGCAUCACCCGCGUCGAGGGCUACGCGUUCGCUGGGACCUCCAGCGUGCGGCUGCUGCUGCUCACCAACAACCCCAUGCAGAAGGUGGAGACAUCGGCGUUCUCCGGCAUGACGAACGUGGAGCGCCUCAUCUUCCCUUCGGGCAUCCGCAACGUGGAGGUGGACGCCUUCAACGGGCUGGACACGGUGGGCGUGAUCAAGAUGGCGUUCAUGGACCUGAAGUCGCUGCGCGCGCACACGUUCCGCGGCCUGAGCCACGUGCACGUGCUGUCCAUCCAGGAGAGCGACCUGGGCGUGAUCCGUGCCGGCUGCCUCGAGGGCCUGACGCACGUGGGCACGCUCAACGUCGUCAACAACAAGAUCGACGCCGUGCAGCAGCUCGCCAUCCGGCCGGCCAACCGCAUCCGCGCGCUCCGCUUCCUCGGCAACCACCUGCUCGAGACGCCGCGACCCGGAGCGCUCAUCAUUCAGGGCGUGGACACGAUGGCUGUGCACGGCAACCACUUCCCGUGCGACUGCCACGUCCACACACUGCUGGAGAGCGCGCUGGCCAACGGCAGCGCCGAGUUCCGCGCGCGCAACUUCUGCAUCUCGCCGCUCGAGAUGAACGGCAAGCCCAUCGCCGAGCUGGACCUGGAGGCUAUCGGUCGCUGCCAGGAGCAGGUGACGCGCGGCAACCUGGAGGCGCCGCUUGGAGCCGGCGCCGCGACGCCCCCGCGCCGGCUCACGUUGCUGCUCGCCGCCGCCGCCGCCGCCGCCUCCCGCCUCGGCAGCUGAAGGCCCCGACUCACAUCUCGAGCGGCGAUCACCCCUCCGCCACACUGCCACCAGCUGUAUACUACAUCCCAAACCUACCAACACUGCUAUACACCGUCAAAAACAUCACUUCUUGUUUACCAUUAUCUUCCAAAUUCAUUCAUUCCCAAUAUUUCAUAGACCUUCACGUCAACUCUAGAACAUCUAAACACUUUCAAAUUCUUAUGUCCCCUUGGAACAUUCAAGGGACGUUUUUCCGAGAGCUAAAGUCCUGAUGUUACGAUCAAGUAUACUCUAGUAAGCUUCGUUGUCAUCAAUUCUGACGCGACAGAAAGAUAAAAAAAAAUCGAGUGGUAUAUAUCGAAUGAGGCACAGUGAGACUUUAGUACCGUGAAAUGAAAGUAUGCAUUGUUGCGUUUGGUGAAGUGACGUUACUAUAAAUGAUUAAGGCCUAGCAGCUAACAUUUACCCUCGUUAUAGUAAGAUGUUACAAAUUUGUGCAGUGGUCUGUUGUUAUCACUAAAUUCUAAUCAUUCAAGGAUAUCUGUAACACGUAACAGGGUGGACUGUUUAUAAGGGAAAACUUCUUGACUGACGAAGGAACCUCAUAGAAUGGACCCCAACGAAUAGCUUCGGACUUAUAGAAUCUGAAAAUCACUGACCAACAUCAGUUUCUUCAAGCAGUAAAACACGCUUUUAAAAAACGCCCUUAAGAAUCGUCAACUAUGAAAAUUUCCAACAGCUGUUGAGAAAAAAAUUUGGAGUUGUUUAACAGAGCUGUUCGCUUGUUCAUGUGUAACUGUCUAGUCUUGUGAGCGGGAUGUUUGUCGUUCAAUUCCCAUGAUGCGUAAUAUUUAACUUUUCACUUUUAUUUGGAUCGUAUAUUUAUUAUCAAAUCGAAAUCUGAGUUAACAAAUAUUGAAUAGCAAGUCAUUUAAUAAAAAUAAUAUAUCAUUUUUAAUUUUUAGUUAUAGAAUAAUGAUAUCAUUUACGAUAAAUUAAAAUUUGGUACAAAAGAUGUAAAUGUCUUAUUUGUUAUGAAUACUCGAUGUAGCAUUCAAUUUACAAUUGAAAAUAAAAGUUAUUCUUUUUAUUAGGCCACUAUGGUUCUAUAUUUGUUUAUUAAAAUUUCGAUUUGCUAAUAAAUAUAGAAUCCAAAAGCAAAAUAAGAAGACGUAUAACAAGAAAUCAGCAACCCCACGGUUGCGUGCUUGACGUAAUACUCACACAGUUACAAGUGGUUAUGAUAGUUACGAAGUUUGUUGUCCCUAACACUGCUCACAAAAAAGUCAAAAUUUCUUUUUCUUGGUGUUUUUGAACAGUGCGUUGUACUGCUACAGCUGAUUUACGGUCACGUAUCUGCAAAUCACGUAAGUAUGAGGUAAAUUUUAAACUGCUAGUUCGUAAGGCCUCCUGCAUAAAUACAAAUCCAUAUUGACAGUACUCCAGAGUCAAAGUUGUCCAUAAUAUCAUGUGUUCGAUUUCUCCCUAAACAAUCUGUAUACGAUAAAUAUUAAUUUCUUCUUUUUCUGUCUUAAGUGUACUGUAAUUUCACUGAGUGCUACACGUGGUGUGUUCGGUUUUCAUCGAAAAGCUUCAGCGGUAGCUAUGUAACUGAUGAAUAUAUUUUGCUUCUUGUAGAUUAAAAACAAUUUUUACUUAUCAAUUUUUCCGCCUCUAAUAAUCAAAAAGUAGAAACGUUUUAUGUGUGAAACAUUUGCUGACGGAAAAUAGUUUGUCAAUAGAAGAAACAUGUAUUUGUUGCAACGCUCUCCUGCACUUCGGUACACUGAAGACAGAAGAAGGUGAUAAUAAACAACUACGUAACAUGGACACCCGAACAUAUAGUCUGUUUUCACUUUUUGUGUGGAAAAUAACUUUUUUGUGGUGCAAUAACAUGCAUAUGUUGACGUUCCCCGAAGAUAACAGCAUGGUUCGCAUGCAAAACUACCUUCUCUAAAAUUCCUAAACGAAAAUUUCUGCUCACCUCAGGAUAACGUAUAUGUGAAAAUAAAUACUUGAAGUAUUCAUAAUUUCAAUAUAAACUCAAAGGAAGGGUGACAUAAUAGCUUACAUUUACGUACAGUUGACGGCAGUUUAUGUCGAAAGGCUUCAUACUUUUUACAGUGUUUCAGGUAGGAAGUAAAGUUAAGGUUGCUAAAUGUGUGCAACCCAUGUUUUAAUUCUCCAGCUCCCAAACUUCGAGGCUAAAUUCUUCCUCAAAGGAACUAUCUAGCAACAGCAUGAUGUGUCGGACCACAACAGUCACUGCAGUUUCUGUUACCGUAAUGGAAUUGUUUGAAUCGUAGAACUGUGCUGGAGCCAUUUCUUGUGUGUUGCUGGCGACGGAAUCUCUGUUUAUGUUAUGUGUGUGAAGACUGAGAAAACCCUAAACUACUGUGCCAAAAAUCUCACACGCUUUUUUAUUUGGUGCCUGUAGCAAACUGGAAGGUACGAAAUAAUCUGAAAAACAAUCAAUAUGUGAUAUUUUUCUCAUGACGUAUUGUAUUUGGCUGAAAUAUGAACGGUACCUUAGAUCAAACUCAUAAGCUCUGUUUGGAUUUGUUUAUCGGAAUUGUUCAGGUCUAAAGAGAGAAAGUGUAAUUUUCAUACUGUUACAACCACUGCAGUCAGCAUGCAACUGCUGAACCAUGAGAGCUUACCAAACAUACACGAAGAAUAUUCAGAAUGAAUGUGUCUGAUUCAUUUUAAAAACAUUUUUAAUUGCGAAGAAGAUGAUGACGUGUACCCACUGUUUUCCUUUAUAUUUAAUGCACUUUGUGACACCUAUUCGUUGAAAUUACGCAUGAAAAUUUCAAGGCAUGAAAAAUAAUAUGGGCUUGAUAUUCAUAGCAGGUAAAAGAAUAACAAUACACUUCCUAUAUGUGUUUAACUAAGAAUAGUAUGUGAAUAUUAACAGACAGUUUUGUGUUAGUGAUGUUCAGUCUCAAAAAACUGAAGUGCUUUUCUUUCAGCUGGAGUACUUUACAUUAAGGAAGCGUUGUUUUAAGGAAAUAAGGUUUUAUCAUCAGAUGUUAUUCCACGAGUAAUUGCUCCAGUUUUUCAGAACUCUUCUUAAGUCUCUUCCUUACAUGAAACGAUACAUACUACCUUUACUUAUUGCUUUGCGCAGCAUCUGAGGGAAUCUGGAAAUGUGUCGUGAGCCUGUCUGUGGCUAAAAACUGAUGCUUUUGUAUUCCGUCUCUGUGACACAAUGAACCAAUUAAACGACAAGUGGUAGUGAUGACUCUGCAUACAUGGACGCAGAAUCCCAAGUAAAAAAAUGAAACAUAAGAUAAGACUAACAAUAUGAAGUCAUUUAAUAAAUGAACAUCAGUCUCGUUUGAUUUUUGGUAGAAAAUGAAUUUCAUAACCCAGUGCUCAUAUAUUUAAUGUAUAAGUGAUGAAAAGUAUACUAAAUGUUAAUAAUGAAUGUUGCUGAAUGUUACUAUACUACCCACGUUCAAGACGUUAGUAGCUCUUCUAUAGGUCAAGAAACUACGCUUUAAGUGGGCGGUCGACAUAUUCGCAGAACCUGUAACAAAUCUUUCAAAAGUGUGGUAAGUGCAUCGCCAAAUGGCCUAAAUAUAUUGAAGCUGAUAUUUCCUAUGCAGUUGCGUAUAGCCACUGGUUUAAUUAGCAAGCAAAUAGUAUAAAAAUAAUAUCGGGCACUCACCGCAAAGUUGUAUCUUCACACUGCACGUCUGGAUGUAAUUUAAUGUGUUGGUCAAUGUUCAGUGUGAAACGGUGGACACCGAAACAUUUCGAAGACUCUGUAGUUCAUGGAAAUGCAUGACGUAUUUGUAAUCAACGAAAUGAAUUUUUAACUUCUCCUUGCGAGUAAUCAGGCCAAUAUUUCGAAGCCACUUUGCUAAUGCAGAGGCUUUUUCUUUCUGCGUAAUGUGACGUCGCAGAGAGGAAUAUGGGUAGUAUUUAGUAUGUCAGCCACAUUUUUCCUUCCACGUCCCUCCCCCCCCCCCCCUCCCGCUCCCUCUCUCUCUCUCUCUCUCUCUCUCUUUCUCUCUCUCUCUCUCAUUCUCUCUCUGCCUCUAUGUGUCUGUCUCUCGUUUUGAGUGUUUCCUCGUUGACUACGGAAGACAGGGGAAAUAAAUGCAUACGACUUCAUCAUGUUCAGCUGAAGUAGUUACUCAUUUCCCUACGUUCCGUCAUAGACGAGUGACAGUUUUGCGAAUCUGUCCGGUGGUCACUGUACAGGAAACCUUAGCCAUAUCGCCUAGACACUUUUGUUGUAAUUGCUUAAGUACACACAAAAAGUUUACUGAAAAUGUGACACCUGUUUCCUCUAUUACGCAACUGAGUCACGUCAUAAUUUUUUUCCGAAGUUGUAAUUAAUCAUCACUAUACAUUGGUACUUCUUCUCUGUCUUGUGAUUCAGAUUAGUUUAGCAAUGUCGAGGACGUAGUGUUUUCGUUUUUAGGCACGUAUCAUACACUGGACGACUACUAGGUACUGUGGUUAAACUAGGAAGCGAUAAUAAGAGAAUGUCGCCUUUACACGCACAUGAAAACUUUUCUGUCCCAUACUACAAAAAGUAGUCUAAUUGUCAGUUUCGUAGAAAAAUACAAUUAGUGUGUUACGUUCAGAGUCUGAGACAAUAUGUAAUCUUACCUGAACCUUUAGGCCUCGGAGAGUGUAACAUGCUGCUUGUCAUGAUCAGAGUAUUAUUACCGUAUCCCUAUUAAGAGGGCUAUUAGAAUAAACAGGUUUUGCCCUCUGAAUCGCGCUGGGUAUUAUUCUGAGUGCACAGCCACAGUUAUCAGUUACCGAUAACGUAUUUCUGCGUCCAUAAACAAGAUGUUUUCUCGUCUCAGUCAAUUUUAUCACAUGCAGGAUGCUUCCCUACGCUUACGCCGUCAUCUUUAGACGGAAACUGAUUUUUUAACAUUUGAGUCGGUGAGUUCGCGUGAUUUAUUUAGCAUUGCUGAGCAAACAGACCAAAACGUCAUGUACUGCAUUGUAUCAGAAAUCCUGAAUUUAAAAUUCCAUGAUCCAAUUUUAAACUUGAAAGUGUUUAUGUGGCUAACAAUCCGCUAAACAUAAACAUGUACUUCACCUGUACAAAACAUAAAGCUGUUGCUGCACUUUCGUAUUAGAGGUCGAGGUACUCGUAACUGCAGAUGAAGUGACACAAUAAUUUUCGAAACUUGUAAGCUGUUGUAUGUCAAUCGAGUACGGUAAAGACGUCUGUGAAUAACACAUUUUGUCAUAGGAAUGCCCGUAAUGUUGCUUCACAAUGAAAUUACGAGAGUAAUGAUGCUACAUAUUUAAACAAGAAAUGCCAAUUUACAAAAUGUGCAAUUACUGUAUUUUUGUAAAUGGAGAAAAAGUUGUAUGGAACUUUCCGAUGUCUAUCCCAAACAAAUGGAUAGCCCUGAUCCCAGGCACGGAAUAAAAUGUGGAUAAACCAUCGGUUUUAAGGAGCCUGACAAAAAAAAAAAAAUCCUGAUAAAAAUCGGGGAGUCAAAAUAAGCGUCUGACUGCGUAAGGUAAAUAUUACGCAGCUGCACGGAGCCUCUCCUCAGACAGACGAAUCAAAAGUUGAAAUUCCAAAGAAUAAACAGUUGCCGUAGCUUGUAAGCGCAAAUGAUGAUUUUUUUGGUUAAAAGUUUUAUAUCACUUUAAACAAAAUGUUGCAGUUUCAGGCACUUUUUUCUCAUCAAAUAAUCUAUACUUCAUAAAAUGCGGAGCGGUAGGAAGGUAAACAGUUACUAAUUUCGUCAUGCAAUAUGCAAACUCUACGUCCAGUUGUUUUUACUAACAUUGUGCGUCUAAAACAAUACAAUCGAUAGUUCGAGCCCGAUGUAACAAACAUUCGUCAGUUUAGUGCGAAUAUAAAGAAACAACUGAGUUUCGUACGAAACCGUCUUGAAGUUCUUUCUUCACAAAACUUUUGUUGGUUGUGGAAGUUUUCUCUUCGUAUUCUGAGUUAGACCCCAUUCGUCUCGUCCUCCAUCGCAUCUACAUCAGAUUUCCGCGUACUCUGUCCCCCCGCAUGCGAAACUGUGUGACGGCUCCUAUGUUCUUCGCGUACCAGUAGUACGAAACGUGUUAUUCAUAGUGUGCACCACAGUCAAAUGUUUAUUAAAUGAAUGCAGAAUUAUUCCACUUGUGCUAUAAUUUAAGCCGUUAAUAAAUGUUUACCUGUAUAAAAGAUCACACUUCAUUACCACCAUUAAACAUAAACACAAUGCUGUGUAAGUAAAAAAAUAGAAAUAUAGGUACAUAGAAAAAUGUGCCAUACGUACCAAAUGGUAGCGAAGGCCCUUUGUGUGUAAAUUAUGUAAACAAGUCUACCUGUCAGAGUGGAAACUAAAAAAGGAAUUUCUAAAUUGAUUUCUGUUAGCCGUAAGUAUAAUGUGAGUAAAGUUAUCGAAAUACCAUAUGUUUUGUAGAUCCGUUUGUAUUUUUAUGUACAAAAGAUUGAUUUUUAUAUUGGUUAAUUGUUUUAAUUUUUCGAAUUUCCCAAUUUGCUAAGCCACUUUAUUUUUUUGUAAUUUUUAUCUUUUAUUUCUUUAAAGUAUACGCAUUAAUUUACGUGCAUACAUCUCUGAAAGUUUUUGUCCGACCAUAAUUUUAUUCUUGUUUCAUCGUUACAUCGUAUCACAUUUUCCUGCAUUACACGCUCAACUAUCUGUCAGAACAAUAAAAUUUCCUAACCAAAACGCAAAGAAAUACAGCAAGUGAAUACGCUACGAUUUUCAUACUUAUCGCUCGCUGCUUUGGGCAGCUAAUUCUCCUUCCGUUGAUUUACAUUCAGACCGCGGUGUUCGCAUUUCCUGGUGGUAAUGUAGCGCGUUUUUGUUUGGAGCUGUGCACUCGAUAAUGGCUUAAAAGGCCGAAAGUAGUCCUGAAUCGAAGUCGAAGACUAAACUUACAAAAUGAUAGCGGAAAUUUCCACAUUCAGUUAAAAUGAAACAUUUUACUUUUACUAAAUGGAAUUUCCCAUUUUGUGUCUCUUUCUCCAACAUUCAUUUUCUAUACACUCUCUUUUGAUUUAAAUUAAUAUUUUACGGGGAAUAGCAGCUGCAGAUAGUGCUGAACAGCUACAGUGAAUGCUGACGUCUAACUAGCGUCAGGAAGUUGAGAGAAUGCGAGGAAUGAAAUCCAAGAGCGUAGUCCUACUUUCCCAAUCCUCGCUGCCUAGUACCCACAUCCCAAAUGUCGAGCUGGCCUGGACUAGGGCAACUGAGUGGCGCACCCACCACUGCGGUUGCCACUCUUCAGUUCUACAAGGUUCUGCGUAGUGUCGAGCGCCCACGUCUCUGUCCUAGCGGCAGCCAGCUGCAGCUUGCACAGCACCUUGCGACAGCCCCUGCUUCCCUGGUGGUUGUUAAGCCGUUCCGCCAAGUAAUACUGCCACGUAACAGGAAAAAAAGGAUAAAAAAGUGUCCAGAAGCUGCAUGUCGGAAAGAACGCAUUUUCUGCGGGAGAGGUUUCUGCUGUUUCUGUAACCACUAAGCGACGGAUUUUCCCACUCGUGAACUGGAGGUACGUUUCUGGCACACUGCGUACCUUGUGCACACCAGAGGUUAACUCGUGUAAUAAGGCGUAAUCGUAUUCCUGUAAAUGUAGGAAACCAGUGGCAAGGGGAGGUACUGGUUACAAACAUCUAAGGCUAUCAAAAUAGUUUCAUUGCUAUAGUGUCACUGCUGUUGUUCUUUAAAUAAUCUGACAAGCGAUGGUAUCCUGGAAAAACUGGAAAACAGAAAACACAAGUGCUUGAAACAUUCUGUUGGGAUAUGAUAUGACAAAUAUGUAGUGCGGAGCUUGACUCCGGUUUUUUUCGUAUGCAACAGCAGAGGACCGCUGAUUCACAAUGCAUGUAAGAUGCGUAAGACUUAUUUCAUGAAAUUAUCCGCGAACUUCUAGCGUAUCAGAAGGGACGUAGGAAAACCAGUUUCUGCUCUACGUACAUCCCCAUGUUUAAGAGAACAGCACUUGUGCAAACAAGUAAACAAUCUAAAAGCUUGAUACCCCGAAGGAACUCGGCAUAAAAGCCGCGUAUGACGGUGUUUACAACUCAAUACUCGAUUCCAGACGUCUGGUCAUUAAGUUUCAGCACAUUUCUCGGCUAUGUAUGACAAACGUUUCACGCUAAUUUUCACAAGCGUUAUGCAGGGAUUAACGGGAUAAGUGGAGGACGGUGUACUCUGGACAACAUUACAUUAGUAUUACCUCGUUUGUAUACUGUAACUGUAGCUAUUACGAGUAGUACAUUUUUAGAUUGGUUAGUGGCAAGAGAAAGCCGUUAAUGAUUAUUUUUCCCUGGGCAGCAGGUCAGGUUUUGAAGUGUAGACACGUGGACGAAGGACAAGCGUAUUCUAUUCGUGGGGCAGUUUUAGCCAUGAAGAAAAAAUCAGGUCGUAAAUUCUGCGACGUGUUUGUGCAAAGACUCUUCCAUGGACAGAGGAAACAACCAGCACGCUCAUUUGUGUGUAUAUAUAUAUUAAGGUAUCACAAACAAAAAUAUCUGAACUUACAGCAGUUACAUCCUGCAUAAUUGUUCGUUUUUUCAAGAGCUUCCGAAUGUUAUUUAAAAAUAGGCACUGCGAAAUAAUAAAAGCAUAUUUGAUUCAAUAUCUCGAAUCCAGAACAUUUGCAACAAAAUUACGUGAUCCUCUGGACACUAUCAUUUGCCAGAAAUGACAUACAGGUAUCUUCGAACCGUUUACGAAAUGAAAGGGAUGUUACCUAACACGCAUUAUUUUAACGUUCAGAUAUCUUAAUAGCCCCUGAAACAUUGUUACAUCGUUUCACAGUUAGCAAGAAGCAAAAUUACUACAAUUUUAUUUGCAAUCAAAUCUAGGUUUCCUAGAAAUCUUUAGAGAGCACACACGUCAAUGCACCCACCCUCAAUAAACAUACAGUAGAGUAUCAGUCAAUUACCCGAAAAACAACUAGGGAUGCAGGGGCUGGGGGAAGGGGUGUGUUUGGAUAAUUGACCUCUCGCAUAACCGAUCAUUUCUGAAAAAUAUUGUAUCUUGAUCAUAGGAAUAUGAAACAAGGAAGCACAGAAUUAAACGCAGAAUUGAAAGUAUAUAUUUUGUGUCACACAUCUUACGAAGCCGAGAACGGCCUACACAUCUUAAUUUGAAAUGUUCAAAAUGGUUAUUGAAGUAAGCCAUAUGUAACAAAAUAUGACAGAUUUAAAUAUUAGUGAGUUUCACGUUGUUUGUGCCUAUUACUUGAAAUACCUCCAGAAUCGUUCUCGCCACUGGGUGGGUAUCAGGAAGAACACAAAUUCUGGAUACUAUAUUUAAAUGUGAGCGUCAUAAGAUGCUUAUUUUUAUUUCAGCUCGCUAAUAAGGCCUACCAGUAGAGCAGAAAUUGGUGAAAUCUACCUUAUAAUAAAGGUAACAGUUGUGACGAUCACAGUACAGACUUGGUCCGGAUUAAGGCAUAAGAACGUUACCGAACAAGUGGGAAGGCCUCCACUGUAAAAUAGCAUUCCAUGUAGAAAUGAGAUGUGACUAAAUGUGAUUAAACGGCCAAGUAACGGUAUAUUUUGUUAAGAAAUGGUAUUAAUUUCCAUAAGACAUAAAGUGUCACUGGACAAUUUCAUUUGCAUAUGUGCUGCCUUAGUUCAGCCAGUGAACUGUUUGGAGACUGUAGAGAAGGACAACUCUUCAGAAUUUCACAUGCGUGCCCAUCAGUGUUAUUUCUAAAAGCGUUAUAAUCAGUCACUGUAUGGACGAAUCUGUCGCUCAGACAGCAGUAGUAACCAGGUGAUGUUCUAUAGGGGCCGUCGCAAUUUGCUGUGUCUGGACUACGAACUGUCUUUGUGUGCUAUACUCACAUCGUGGUACUUGUCGUUAUAUGUAUACAUGUUGAUAAUGAUCGAAAUAAAUCUACUAAUCAAACUGUGUAAGAUAA